AUGGAAUAUCAAAAUCAUCCAUUCUUUGUUGGUACACAAUAUCAUCCAGAAUAUCUUAGCAGACCUCUUAAGCCCUCACCAGCAUUCCUUGGUUUUGUGUCGGCAUCGGCAGGAUUGACAAUCGAAUCAUCAUUCAAAAAUUAA